AGGUACAGAGUCGCCUAGAAGCCGCUGCAGUGGCGGGCUGCUCUGGGUGAACCAACUCUCCUCUCUCUCUUUCUUUCUCUCUUUCUCCAUUUUACAAUUUUCCGCCCCUCUGUCGGCCCUUCCCUUCCGUGUACUCACGCAACCGGGUGAUGUGGCGACGUCGCGUAACAUCGGGUCACACCUAUAACCUUGCCGAGAAUCUCGAAGCGGCUACGUGAACCCGCGAACCCGAGAGAGCGACGAGAAGUCCACUGAGAAACGGAACGGCGGUGGAGGAAAGGGCGCGAUCGUGAAAUAGACCAGACGCGCUAGUUCGAAUCGGCGAUCAGGUAGGUAGAGAGGAAGAAGAGACUGGAGGUGGACAAGUGGAAUCCCAGGGGGUGGGGAUGGAGCCGGAGCAACGUGGACGCGCCUCACGAGCGUCGUCGACGUCGAGCCUCGGCCGCGAGGUCCGUUGUGGCUGUCAGUACUACCAGAGCGACUCGCUUCUGCCGGAACGACGUGCUCUCCUCGGUAGACCGCCGUCCAGGACGAUGCAGCAGCCACUUGCGGUCCGCUGCAGCGAGCACGAGUACGAACCGAUCGCAGCGCCGUCGCCAUCGCCGAAACCGGCGACGGCACCGGUCGUGCGAAUCACCGAUACGGAUGUGGUGCCCGUCGCUGAUAGCGACGACAGCAUUGACGACCGGACACGGCUGCCGCCGGAGCUGACACGGGCCGGUGACGUGAUCCUGCCGUUGGAUGGCAAAAUCGAGGACACCGCGAUGGAGGGUCGCGAACUUGUGGAAACCGGCGACACCUCCGAAGAAUUGGAGACCCCGCAGCAAUUGCAGGAGCGACUCGAAGAACGGUUUCUGAACGCUGCUACACCGGGCACUGAGUCCAGGACUGAUGGCGAGGUCAACACUAGUCAAGUAGACUCAUUGGCAUUGGAGGAGCUUCCUCUUCGUCGCGGUGCCCGCGGCCUGCCCCAACGGAUAAAAACACAGGCUGGCAAGCUACGUACGCGUCUAAGGAACAUCCAACGACCCACGUUCGCCUUCGCUGAGCGACAAAAGCCAGAGAAAGCCAGGUCGACGAGCAGCGGCCGCUCGGACAGGUCCAGAUCCGAAAAGAGACCGAGUCGAAUGGACAGGAUACGAUCCUCCCUGUCAGAGAGGCCCAGGUUCAGCUUGCCCAAUCGUCCGAGAUUCUCCUUGCCAGAUAAAUCGAAGUUUCACUUGCCCGAACGGCCGAGGUUCAACUUUCCUGAGAAAGCGAAGUUCCACCUGCCUGAGAAAGCGAAGUUCAGCAUCAAGAAGCCUAACAUUCGAUUGCCUAACGCUUUGACUCGCAAGAAAUCCCCCGUACACGAGCAACGGUCUACAGACUCCACGGUCGGCUCCAAAAGGAAUAUCUUCGACUUCUCCACUUACCCGCGAAUGUUCGAUAGAAAGUCGAAGAGCAGGGGCGAAUACGCGACCUCGACGCCGAAAGAUUCGAGAGCACAGUCAGCGGAAAGCGCUACCUUCCCGCGGGCCAGUAAGAAAGCCGACAGAUGGACACAGAGGUUUCACAGGACCAGUGCUUUCGGCGAGGAGAAUCAAUCGAACGGAGAAACGGCGGCAGAAAGGUUUCAACCUUGGCAGCACCCGUCCAUGGAGGAACCUAGAUUAUCUAUUAGCGAGGUUGGAGCAAUCACGAUACCCUGGGAGGAGGGGCGCAAGGAGGAGGAGCUUCAGUACAUGGACUACGAACAGGAAUCACCGGAGAUUUCCGACCGUCAACCGCAUCCGAGGUCGGGAGCUUCCAGAACUGAAGAAGAAUUGUACGACAGGGAUAGAGAAGAGUCGAAUCUCAGAUUGUAUCCAACCAGGGAAGAGAUGUACCAAGAGAAGGACGAGAAAAUGGAUCAGGAAGAAUGGGGACCAGAGGAUGAGAUACCCAGAGAAGAAUUCAGACCGAUCCCGAGGUCCAGAUCACUGGAGGAGGUUCUUCGAGCCAGAGAAGAAGGGAGAUACGAAGAAUCUUUCGCAAUGAUGGAUCCAAGAAGAUACGGAGUGCACAAGACACCGUCCGAGGAAGAAGAAUACGAGGAGGAGAUGGACGAGGACGAGGACGAGGAAGCGGAACCAUCGUCCGCGCAAUCGGACAGAGAGCAACAACACUCGAGUACCAGCUCCUGUGAUCGACGUCGGCGUGGAGUUAUCGAAGAAAUUGACUCUGAUGAAUUCUUCCUGCGAGAAGGUGGACUCAGCCAGGGUGACAUGAAUCUUGGCAAAUAUCUGACCAGCGAAAUCAGAGACGCUUUGAGAUCAGAAGGGAAUGCUUUAGCCGACGACGAAAUGGUGCCGAUCCCGCCGCAACGUCCCACGAGAAGAAGAUCGAUAAGAAAGCAAAAGGAAGGUUCCGUGGAAUCGUACGAUGCGACGCCACCAGUUAGGCCGAAAAGGGAUCCGAACAGAGCUCGUCGAAGCGAGUCUGCAGAUGAACAGUUUCGUGAGCGAACCAGAAGCGACUCUAGGCACAGAGUGGUUUACCAAACAGAAGGAGAACCCGCGGAACUUCCAAUAGAACCACUGGACGAUAUUGUGGUAGUGAAACCUAUGCGUAGAAAAUCAAAAUCCUUGCAACAUAGCCAGUCGCAGCUGUCUGCGGAUAGCUCUCGUCCACCGUCACCGCCGCCCGUGGUACCGACUCGUCGGAAACGACUGCGUAAGGAACCUGAGCGUAGGAACGGCGAAAUAGCAGCCAUCUGCAACGGGCACACCGAAUGGGCUGGUGAUUCUGUUCCAGAGAAACCUCUUCCGUUGCCGCCUACAAUGACCACGGAUCAACUGGGGAAACAAGAAAUAUACAGGGCUGAAGAAAUCAUGGCAACAAGUGAGGAGAAUAUUCAGAAACUUGCGACGAGACUUCAAGAUGAAGGAUACAUGGACCAAGCACCAGUACCGCCAAAAAGAAGAUCCAGAUCUAGAGGAACUUCUGUAGCGCUGGAUGAAGAUAGGACAUCUCACGGUGCGGAAUCGUUGCCGGAAGCUGGUUACGUAGAGGAGGAUAUUCCCCGGGAUGAUGUCGACCUGGGAAGGGAGCUGAUAGAUUACGCCAUCAUAGAGAAACGAGAAAAGCCACCUAGACCUCCUCCUCCGAGAAGAAAGAGAGACAAGUUUGCUACUACUCCAAGACCAAUUCCUCCGAAACGUCCCCAAAGAGCGUACAGUACUCUCGGCCCAGUUAGAUCCAAAGAGCCUAGCAUACUAACUGAUGAUACUUACGAUCUGACGUUGCAAGCGGCUGAGUCUACUCCUUACAUAGAAAUCGACUCUGACGACGGAGAACACAAAGAUCUACGUAGCAGCGAAGUUUUGAGCAAGAUGCAGGGGCGACCGCUGCCGGCUCCGCCCAGACCGCCAAGAUCUAGAAAAGAUAGAUCCACGGAAAGGUCCACGCACGAGACGCAACAAGAAAUUGCUAUGGAAACGACCAUUGCCACGCAGACAGAUCCUUUGCCCGACGACAUGGUGAUAGAGGAAGAGGUAACACAAGCGAAACUGAUUGUAGCACCAUCCAGUUCCGGCUCCCAGAUUAUGAUAUCCACGGAGAGAAUACCCAGUCCAUCGAUUACGAGCACACCGCCCGUUCCUCCAUUGCCAAUGUCUCAAAGAUUACGCAAAGAUGAACAGCCGGAACCGUCUUACGACACCGUCUCGUUAAAGUCCCCAUCGCCAACGAGAGAAAUGGAAGCAUUCGAAGAUAGACAUUUGUCCGCGCCACAUUUAGGCGAACCAAUUCAUAGUGACGGAGACGCGCAUUUAAAAUCCAUCAGAUCAGCCCUAUUUUCAGAGGAGCCUGUACGAAUCAGUAAUUUAGAGGUUGGCGAUUUGAGGGUAGAUCGCUUGAGCGUUUCUCAAAUUGAUGCCAGUAAGAUCGUUACAUCUGAAUUGGAUGCGUUAGUCAUUACUGCAUCCGAGUUGAAGGACAUAGGUGGCAGCAUGGCGGAGAGUCUCUCUCCUUCUAUCAUUAGAGAAUUGAUGGCUAUAAGGAGCCAUUUGGAGGCUGUGGCUGCAUCCAGGAUCGAAAGUCAGAGGGAGGAGAGCAAGACGGUUGAGAGAAAGACAGACAUUCCCGUUGCGGAAAGGCAAAGCGUCGAAAGGAAGCCUGACGAAGAGUUAAUCCAUCGUGACGCAGAUGAAGAGAAACCAAGAAACGAGGAUCAAAAGGUUGUUAAAAAAGAAACAGAGGAUAUAUCAAGCACACACACACUAUCGAUCGCGCAGGUAGAGGACAAAGAAUCGACACACACAUUAGCAAUUUCACAAAUAGUACCGAGCGACAAAGAUACUCCUAGCACACAAACAUUAUUAGUCGUCCAGGGUACUGAAGAUAAGUCCUUACAAAUUCUAGAUACAGAAACCCCCUUUUCAUUGAGCCCGGAUACUACUGAGGAACUUGGCAUGGAAGAAUCCCUCGUAUCCUCCCCCUCGGUUGUAACGACCGAAGAAAGCACAAAAUUCAGGCUGUUUCCGGAUCGUCUGACCGAAACUGGAAGCGAACCAGCGGUUUCCACUACCGACUUUAAACUGCCAGAGCCCCAAGAAUCUUCAACGUUAGAUCAAAAAGGCAAAGAGACUUUGCCAGAAAUUUGCGAAAGGAAGACACGAAAAUCAAGGUCCAGGUCACCGUCCCCCAUUGGUAUCCCUAGAACACGACAAACUGCCUCUCCAGUUAGAUCGCUACCGCCUGUCAUCUCUGUGACUCCGGAUACACCAGACAGUGUCGCAAGUCACGGCAGUACCAGCGAAAUACAGCCGCAACGUGCCGUGGUCUCCUACAUUUCAUAUGCUGACCAGUCAGACAGAGAGAGCCAAAGAGAAUCAUCCCAAUCGCCAAUAUCCUCCUUUCCUAUCGGAGGCACUCAUCUCAUAGCAUUUCCAGCUUCACAAGUCCCGUCGCAGUUUUUAUCCCUGGCCAACCCUCGCCCUGAUACAGAGCCAAGCAUCACAGACAGUACUAGACAAUUGAUCAGAGUCCUUCGAUUAGCUGGUUUAAAAGCUAUGAGACAUUUUGUGGGAUAUAUGUCGUCCAUGAUAGGCCAGGAAUCAAGGGAGAAGAUCAGAGAAGUGGAAUUAACGCUGUGUGCACUGUUACUUCUAGUUGCCGGCUUGCUGAUAUUUUUCUUCAGCAAUCCUCGAACAGUUACACAUCAUCAUCAUUGGGAUUAUUUUAACCCACCGAAAUAAUAAGCUAAAA